ACCGCGGAGCUCGCAUCGGACGCGGCCUGGGGCCCCGAGGUGCCGACGUGCGUGCGAGGGCCGGGCCGGGCUAGGCCGGGCGCGUGGGAGCCAGGAGGGGGUUAACGCUAACCCCUCCCCCCCGGCUGACAUCACGGGAGAGCGGGUGUGAGGCUGGAGCUCUGCGAGUGAGAGAAAGAGAGGGAGCAGUGAGCGCGGCUCGCCCCGGCGCCCAGGCAGCUUCACAUUGUUGCGGAUCGCCCGCACCCGGCAGAGCGGCGGCAGUGGGGACGCGCUGAGCAUCCGCCUCGCUCUCCUCGCCCCUCCGGGACCCACAGCCCCGAACCCCGCGGACAGCUGGCCGCUCCAGCCGCGCACCACCGCCUGGGCCCCGAGCCCUCUGCGCCGCCUGAGCUCGUCCCGCCACCCUCGGAGGACGGCCGGCCAUGGACGCCUGCAAGUUGGAGCCGAGCGGGAGGGUGUGAGCGCGCCCAGCGCCUGGAGCCUACGCCGCGCAGCCGGGCGCGCCGGGGGUGGGUCCCUCUCCCCAGCCCCACUCUGCGUGGAAGAAGAGGGCGGGGACCGGCGCGAGGAGGAGAGCGAAGGAGGCGAAGGGGGCAUGACUCGUGCAACUUGCGGCGGGCAUCUGCCGAGGCUCUGAGCCGGCUGCAGCCCGGGCCCGGACUGCGGCCGCGCGGAUCCCACCCAGCCCACCCCGCCCCGGCCGACGGCUGCGGCUGACCUGGAUCCUCCGAGCGCCCGCCGGCCGCCAGCGAUCCGCCCUAGUCUUCCGGGCUGGUUUCUGGAGCGCGGGGAGCGCCCUCCUCGCCGCCCCGGUCGCCGGACCCCCGGUCCCCGAUGGCUCGGAUGGGGCUUGCGAGCGCCGCCGGACGCUGGUGGGGACUGGCUCUCAGCUUGACCGCCUUCUUCCUCCCAGGUGCCCACACCCAGGUGGUGCAGGUGAAUGACUCCAUGUAUGGCUUUAUUGGAACCGAUGUGGUACUGCACUGUAGUUUUGCCAACCCACUGCCAAGUGUGAAGAUCACCCAAGUCACAUGGCAGAAAGCCACCAAUGGCUCCAAGCAGAAUGUGGCUAUCUAUAACCCAGCGAUGGGUGUCUCUGUGCUGGCUCCCUACCGUGAACGUGUGGAGUUCCUGCGGCCCUCCUUUAUUGAUGGCACCAUUCGCCUUUCCCACCUGGAGCUGGAAGAUGAGGGCGUGUACAUCUGCGAGUUUGCCACCUUUCCUACUGGCAACCGUGAGAGCCAGCUCAAUCUCACUGUAAUGGCCAAACCUACCAACUGGAUCGAAGGCACCCAGGCAGUGCUUCGAGCCAGGAAGGGGCAGGAUGAUAAGGUCCUGGUGGCCACCUGCACCUCAGCCAAUGGGAAGCCCCCCAGCGUAGUGUCCUGGGAAACACGACUAAAAGGUGAGGCAGAAUACCAGGAGAUCCGGAACCCCAAUGGCACGGUGACAGUCAUCAGCCGUUACCGUUUGGUGCCGAGCCGGGAGGCCCACCAGCAGUCCUUGGCCUGCAUCGUCAACUAUCACCUGGACCGCUUCAAGGAGAGCAUCACACUCAACGUGCAGUAUGAGCCUGAGGUGACCAUUGAGGGCUUUGAUGGCAACUGGUACCUGCAGCGGACAGAUGUGAAGCUUACAUGCAAAGCAGAUGCUAAUCCCCCAGCCACUGAGUACCACUGGACCACGUCGAAUGGCUCUCUCCCCAAGGGUGUAGAGGCCCAGAACAGAACCCUCUUCUUCAGGGGACCCAUCAACUACAGCCUGGCAGGAACCUACAUCUGUGAGGCCACCAACACCAUCGGCACCCGUUCGGGCCAGGUAGAAGUCAAUAUCACAGAAUUCCCCUACACCCCAUCUCCUGAACAUGGGCGGCGAGCAGGGCAGGUGCCCACAGCCAUCAUUGGGGGCGUGGCAGGGAGCGUCCUGCUGGUGCUGAUUGUGGUCGGAGGGAUCGUGGUAGCCCUGCGUCGGCGCCGGCACACCUUCAAGGGUGACUACAGUACCAAGAAGCAUGUGUACGGCAAUGGCUACAGCAAGGCAGGCAUUCCCCAGCAUCACCCACCUAUGGCACAGAACCUGCAGUACCCGGAUGACUCUGAUGAUGAGAAGAAGGCUGGCCCACUGGGCGGGAGCAGCUACGAGGAGGAAGAGGAGGAGGAGGGCGGUGGAGGGGGUGAGCGCAAAGUGGGCGGUCCCCACCCCAAAUAUGACGAGGAUGCCAAGCGGCCCUACUUCACUGUGGAUGAGGCUGAGGCCCGUCAGGACGGCUAUGGGGACCGGACUCUGGGCUACCAGUACGACCCUGAGCAGCUGGACUUAGCUGAGAACAUGGUUUCUCAGAAUGACGGGUCUUUCAUUUCUAAGAAGGAGUGGUAUGUGUAGCCCCCCUUCUGGAGCAUCUGUCUGUGCCCACUUCUCCCUGGCCCCUACCCGCACGCCCCCUGUCCACCCCCACUGCCCACUGCCCCAGGAGCUGGGCAAAGACUCACCCAGCUGCCACACUCAAACAGCCCCAAACUCCUGGGGAGCCAGGGGAGCCCAGGGCAGACCCCACUUGGCUUUGUUUUUUUAUUUCCUCCUUCCCCGAGCCCUUCCUUAUGGUGUUGUGUUCAACUGUGGCUUUGGUGUUGUUAUAUCUUUCCUUUAAGGACCACACCCACUGCCCUCUAUGUAGGGAGCCCUGUUCUUGUCUUGUGUACUUGGGCAUCCCUCCCGGGUUUGGGGAGCUAGUCCUCCCCCACACCCCAACACUGGAAUUUGUUUGUAUUCUCUUCUUUGGGGGUGGAGGGCACAGGGGACUCCAAGAUAAAGAGCACCCCACCCCACCCCCAGACGCUGCUCCUCUUCCCAGAGAGAAGCCCCUCACCAUAAACUGGUACACUCAAGAGGUAGAGGAAUGAGGGCUUCUCCAGAGGAUCCAGGAGGGUCUUGUUUGUAAAGUGAUGGAGCUGGGGUUCCUACUGGGGCCUGGGCAGCGUGUUUUCCUGGUGAGGGUGGUUUUAUGUUGUUGUUUUCCCCCCUCUGGCCUACAAAGUGGAGUUGGCCCAACUCUAAUAUAUCCCUCUCCUUUACCCUAAUCCAUUCUCCACACAAUGGGUGACCCCAGGUGGACUCUGCCCACACCUCCUGUAUGCCUCUGCCUGCCAACACGUGCACAUACAUCCAUGCACACACCACUGGGUCUAUGCCCAUCUCUCCCAGGGCUCUCAUGCCCCAACUAGGCUGGACACUGCCCAAGGCCCACCCCUCUGCUCCACCUCAUCCCUCUUCCCAGCUAAGGAUGGAGCAGCCUAGAGAAGCAUCUAGAGACGGCUAACAUGAACCUCCCAGCUGCUGCCAUGCUAAGAUCAGGAUGGCCCCAACCUCUCCUUUCAGUGUGAACGUUUCUCAGAUUUCUCCUUAUCUAUCAAGUGCUAGCAAUGCUUGACUCUCUUGGAAGGUCAGGGCUGGGAUCCCAGAAGGGAAUUCAAGGCAAAGAAGUAUUUGUGUGGAGAAGGCAGCUGCGUGGGAGAAGCUCUGCAAACACCGUCUGGUAGACUGAAGAGGACAGCUAACACCUCACAUGCGAAGGCCAACAUAGAUGUCACAGGCUUCGCAGAAGGGACAGGGACAGGGGCACCCAGGAACCUGCUGCUCAUCCACAGUCUGAUCCCUGCUCAGUUUCUCCUGGUGCCAUGCUGAGAUGAGGGGGAACCAUGGAGGGGCCCUUCUUUGCAUGCAGACUCCCUCUUUGAAUGGGACUCUGGCUCCUUCAGCCAUCCAGGGCUGGACAUUCCCAUGUAUGUAUGGAGGAAGGACACUCCCAGCCCUCUGUCCCCUGCUCAAAGUGCCUCAGUUCCUCCAUCUGCCCCCCCCAGGUUCCCCCCACUCUAGACGGCCAUGUCCAUGCCCUGGGGUGGGCAAAGUGGGCUCCAAGAGCCCUAGAGCCUGGAUAUUAGGAUCUCACCCAACUCAGCCAAGAGUGGCAUGCCCUGAGAGAUAGCAAGUGUUGGGGAGAGGGAAACAGACCACUCUGUGCCCUACGGGCACUGACCUACCCUGCCAUUGGCUUCCUAAGGGAGCCCCAACCCUCACUCUACUCCCCUCCCUGGUGCUGCUAUUGAACCCCCAGUCCAAGCACCAUCUCUGCCCUGGCACCCCUCAGCCCAACAGCUGGGGACCCUUUCACCAGCCUUCAUUGCCCUUGUCCCAGCCCAGGCCACCCAGUAGCCACGUAGCAGAAGUCUGAAGCCAUGCCAGCCCUGUGGUGGCUCUCCUCUCUUGGCAUUGGGGACACUGAAUGGGGUAGAGUUGGGGGAAGAAAAUUCUGGGACCUCUCUAGUCACGGGCAGAGGGAGAUGAGGAGCUGGGCUGCUUCUCCCAGCAGUAUUAGUGUCCCUCUCAUGUCACAUCACUGUCUUACUCCUCAUACCACUGCUUGGUCCCCUUGCCCACAGGCAGGAGGCAAGGCCCUGACUGCCCAAUAGAGGCAUUUCCUGUCCCUCUGGAACCACGAGACUAAAAGGACUCAUCUUUGUUCCUCACUACAAUGGCCGGAGGAGGCCUGGGCCAGGAUGAAGCACCUGCACCCCCCCCCCUUAAGAUACCUGCACGCCUUUCCCCCAAGCAAAGCACAAAUUACAAGGUCCAUGCAGCAGGAGGCAGGGGUCAACAGUGGGGCCUAGGGAUGAGAAUCCUUAUGUUCCCACUGUUUGUGGGACCAUGGACACAGCCAACUGGCAGAGGGAGACCCAGCCCAGCAUAGAAGUGGGCAUUCUACUUUACCUUCAUGCCCCCAGCACAAGAUGAGCCUCUGCUUUGCUGGAAAGAAAAUAAACUUGGUGUUAACCGUGCCAAGGCCCCUCCAGUUGUCAUCUCACCUCUUGUUACCUUCCCUAUCCUGCCUCCCCCACUGCCCCGGACCCGUUUCCACUAUAGAUUUUGGUGUUGUUCUAAUGUGCAACAACCCCCUGAGUCCCCUUUUACCAGAAGGAUCUGAAAAGCAGCAGCACAGAAUCAGUGAACACAAGCCCAGUGCAUGUGAACACAUACACGCAUGCACGCGCACACACACCUCCCGCAGACCCAAGCACAGGCAUACGUGUGCACGCGUACAUUCAAGUGGUCACAUAGGCACAGAGGAAUAAGAAGCCCUUACAGGAAACUGAUUUCCUUGUGCUUGGGCCCAAGACAGAUGGACAGGGACCCAAAUCUUGGGUAUGUACCCCUCUGGCAGCCACCCCCAUGUAUCCCAGUCACUGGUGCAAUAACUUUUCUGCCAUCCUCAAGGUGGAAGAAUCAGGACUUGGGUCAGGUGGAUGGGACAGACAUUGCACUCCCUCUCCUGGGAAGAGGGGGGUGCUCCCAGGCCUCAGGAAUCCAAGUAAAGACUCCCGAAGCCUGACUGCCAACUGAAACCCUCUCCUGGUGAGGGCAGGUCACUCAAACUGCCCUGGGCCAGCGAUGGCCAGGAGCUGUGGACUCCAGCCUCCUCUCUGCUGCUCUUCUGACCCCUGCUGUGAGAAAUGAGCUUGUUGGCUGGGAAAAAAAAUGUUUUUUUUUCUUUUGUUUUGUUUUGUUUGUUUGUUUGUUUGUACAAAUGAAAACAAAAAUCCAGGAGAAGCUGCCACCCUCACCUCUGAGUGUGAUUAGCUUCCUUUGCUUUGGUUUCUUCGUCACUGUUUUUUGUCUUUGGUCUUGGGGACAGCCCAGCAGAUUCUCCUGGUUCUGACCCAGGGGGUGUUUGCCUCACCCCCUUUUACUUGUAUAAAACAAAUGAUGGGUUGAAAAUGUACUGACUGAGGAAAAAAAAUGUACUUUUUUAUAAAUAAAGUGUUAAAACAAG